GUCGCUUUAAAUAUUGCUGACGCAAGGGAUAAGUUUUUCCUUUUCGCCAUGCGGUACAAAGUUCUAUCGCCUUGGGUAAAUCUUCCUGAACUUGGACCGGAUGUUGUGAAUCUUCUACGCGUAACCACUCUGAGAGUGUCGUGAUCGUCCUGUGAAAAUGUGUGCAAGAACGACACGAGAGUUCAAGGAAGAAGUUUGUGGCGCAAAAAAUGAGGAAGACCCACAGCAUCAACAACUGGACGCUGUGUUCAAUCUGCAGCCUCAAAUUGUCCUACGCAGAGCAGCCGGUGCCGCCCUGGUGCAACAUUCAUUCAGAACAAAGAACAAGAAACAACAUGGCAACAAGAACAAACAACAAGAGACAUUUCUGUUUUAAGAGUCCCACAAGUGGUAAAAUGUCCAUCUAGAACAGACAUCACUGAAGCUCUAAAUACUAAGUGGCACGAGCCUGAGCCCUUUCACAUUAAGGAGGAAAUGGAGGACGAAGAGAUGGCCCACAUAAAAGAGGAAGAGAAGCCAAUUUGGAAGAGGAAGAAAGAGAAGGAAGGAGUGCAACCCCACAUCAAAGAGGAGGCAGAGGAGCUUAUCACCAAGUUUCCAUCAAAUGGUGUCGCUCUGAAGAAUGAAGAUGAAGGUCCAAGUGAAGAGAGUGGAGGGGCAGAGCCUCAAAGCAGCAGCUCAAGUCAACGCAUGACAACAGAAGAUGAUGGAGACCACAAUGGAGGAUCAGACCCAGGAGAACUCUUAGCGCCACUAUCAGAUCCUGAUGGCAUAACGUCAGACUCUCUUGACACUGAUGAUGAUGGACAAUGUGAAGGUGAUGUGAUAUGUCACAAUGAAAACAAACAAUGGAAGUGUUCUGAGUGUGGGAAAAUGUUUGCUUAUAAUCGCAAAAUGAAACAUGUUAAAAAUAACAUAAGACAGAAUGAUUUUUCCUGUUCAGUUGGUUGUCAAAGAUUCACUCCGAAUGGAUUUUUAAAAAGACACACAAGAGUACACACUGGUAAGAAACCUUUUUCCUGCUCAGUUUGUGGUCAAAGAUUCACUCGAAAGGAACACUUAAAAAUACACACAAGAACACACACUUGUGAGAAACCUUUUUCCUGCUUAGUUUGUGGCCAAAGAUUUUCUGACAAGGGAAGCUUAAAAAGACACACAAGAACCCACACGGGUGAGAAACCUUUUUCCUGUUUAGCUUGUGGUCAAAGAUUCUCUCGGAAGGAAAGCUUAAAAAGACACACAAAAACACACACAGGUGAGAAACCCUUUUCAUGCUUAGUUUGUGGUCAAAGAAUCUCUGACAAGAGAAACUUAAAAAGACAUACAAGAACACACACUGGUGAGAAACCUUUUCCCUGCUCAGUUUGUGGUCAAAGAUUCACUCGGAAGGAACGCUUAAAAAUACACACAAGAACGCACACUGGUGAGAAACCAUUUUCCUGCACAGUUUGUGAUAAGAGUUUCACUGAGAAGGGAAAUUUAAAAAGACACACAAGAUUACACUUGACAGCUACAAAAUGUAAAAUGACUAAUUACAAACACUUAAUAGGGUAGUACCUACAUUUUCCUGUGCCAGCACUUUUUAAUUUUCACUUUCAAAAAUGAUUAAAGUGGCAUUUGAAAUUGAAUGAAAAUGGAAUUAUUUUCCAAUUACUCCAUGUACUCAUAUAGUGACCCUGACCCUUAUCAAUUUAAAUAAACCUUUGACUAAAAUUAUAUUGUAUUUUGUGAUACUGAAUGAAAUACACCUCUUAAAACAACGAGGUUGAUUUGAUUUAUUUGCGUAUCAAAUCUGUUUUCUCAAUUAAAAAUAAUUUAAACAUCAUAUCCGGCGGCACAGUGGGGCAGCUGGAAAGCGUUAGCCUCACAGUUCUGAGGUCUGGGGUUCAAUCCCGGACUCACUUGUGUGGAGUCUGCAUGUUCUCCCCGUGCCUGUGUAGGUUUUCUCCGGGCAAUCCAGUUUCCUCCCAGAUCCUGAAAACAUGCAACAUUUAAUUGGAAACUCUAAAUUGCCCCUAGGUAUGAUUGUGAGUGCGGCUGUUUGUCUCUAUGUGUCCUGUGAUUGGCUGACAACCAGUUCAGGGUGUACCCCGCCUGCGGCUCUUUGGCACCUGGGAUAGGCUCUAGCACACCCCGCGACCCUUGUGCGGAGAAGCAGCUAAGAAAACGGGUGGAUGGAUGUCAUAUCCAUUGGAAAACUUCCAAAAAGGAAUGCAAAACAUGGCCAAAGUGAUAAGGCCUAUGUGGGGAAAAACUGCAAAGCUCGGGGCAAUGUGGAGGAUAACAAGCACAAGCCCUCUUAGCGCCACAAUCCGAUAGUGACGAGUCCAGAGGUGAGAUGGCAUAUCACACUGACAGAUAAAUGAUGGAAAUGUUCUCAUGUGGGAAAACUUUUGCUUGUAAAAGCAGAUAACACAUGAAGACACACUGGAGAACUUUUCCUUCUCAGUUUUUGGCCAAAGAUUCUCUUUCAAGUUUUCAUUGAAAGUUUAAAUGUUUCACAACAAAAAUAAUGACUAUUGUACAGAUUUAGGAGAAAAAUAUGUUCAUGUAUUUGACCUACCCUGUUUAUCUUCAUGAUGCCUUUGUCUUGUCUAAAAACUUCCUGCGGACAGAUAUUAAAAAGUAAUGCCUGUUUUUAUUUUCCAAUCAUCUUGUGAUGUCUUGAUAAAAUAAAUGAAUGAUUCACUGAAGUACACUGUGAAGAAGUAUUGAGUUUUCAGGGUAAUCUUAAAUGUAUGUGUCCCAUAACAAAAUACGCUUCUUCAAACAGUGAGAGCAACUUGUAUCUCAAAUCCAAUUUCCCCAUUGAAAAGAAUUUAAAUGCCUCUGAAGUGUAUGUGGCAUCAAUUUUCAAGCGCAAGUUAUGUUAUCUAGAUGAUAAUAUAUGUUCAACUGUACCAUAAAAUGUAUAUCUUGUUUGAUGUCUUUACACAAAAAUAUGUAUUUAUGAAUAAAAGUCCACAAACUUUGACUUAGUUUCCCGUAUCUGACAAACUCCCCCUUUCGUGUGGCUCAGCUCUGACGUCACAACUUGGAGACCUGUUGUGUAACUAACUUUUGCCCAAAGCACAUCGCUUGUUGAGGCAGAAGAAAAACCCAUUCGUUUUGAGAAUUCCUCAGUUAUUGUAAGCUCAAAACAAUCUAACAAUGGUGAAGAAGUGUGUGAUUCAGUUUGGUCGCAAUUCAAAUUAUUGUGGUCACAGUAUACUACCAGGGCCAUGGCUAAGCCUCUGCCUUGGGGCAGUGCUUCCUGUGAGGGGCAUAGCCAAACCACUGCCCUGGGUAGUACCACCUCUGACAGCUGUCACACAGCUGCUGUACAUUGGGACAGAAAUUAGACCAGGCAUUUCAGUUGGAAAUGUGUUGUCGGCAUUUGCCAGUUCGUUGCGUUUGUAUUACUGAUACUGAUUGUAUUAUUGAUAUUCCGCAACUAUGCGUAAGCUCGCAAGUGUUAUGUAGAGCAUCUACUUGUCACAACGUAUCUGUGCCUCUUUAAUCUUGUUACGUUUUGUUUGCGUGUCAAGUGUUGCCUCAUAGUCACCGGACCUUGCUUCAUGUUUUUGGAUUUUUCCUAUAGUCUACGUUUUUGUGCCUCUGCCUAUUUUGGACUGCUUAUUGGUAUUCGACCUUUGUUUGGAAUAAAGCCACACUUAAUAUUCUGCCCUCGUCUCAGAGUCCUGCAUUUGGGUCCGCCCCGUGCCACUUGCCGAUGACAGAAUGAACUGGCCAGAACAGGACCCUGCAGGGAAAAUGCGGCGUCGCCGGCCACGCUGCCUCCCGCCGCUCCCUACCUGAGGU